AUGGAAGAGGUGGAGUACGAUUGUGGAGGAGGUCACCUUGAAGAUCGGGUUUAUCUUCCCUUCCCUCCGCAGGGUUUCUAUCCCCCGCAGGUGGUCCUCCCUCCGCAGGGUUUCUAUCUCCCGCAGGUGGUCCUCCCUCCGCAGGGUUUCUAUCCCCCGCAGGUGGACUACCGUCCGCAGGGUUUCCAUCCCCCGCAGGUGGACUACCGUCCGCAGGGUUUCCAUCCCCCGCAGGUGGACUACCGUCCGCAGGGUUUCCAUCCCCCGCAGGUGGACUACCUUCCGCAGGGUUUCCAUCCCCCACAGGUGGACUACCGUCCGCAGGGGGACUACCGUCCACAGGGUUUCCAUCCCCCGCAGGUGGACUACCUUCCGCAGGGGUACUACCGUCUGCAGGGUGUCUAUCCCCCAGAGGUGGACUACCUUCCGCAGGGGGACUACCGUCCGCAGGGUUUCCAUCCCCCGCAAGUGGACUACCGUCCGCAGGGUUUCCAUCCCCCACAGGUGGACUACCGUCCGCAGGGUUUCCAUCCCCCACAGGUGGACUACCUUCCGCAGGGUUUCCAUCCCCCACAGGUGGACUACCGUCCGCAGGGUUUCCAUCCCCCACAGGUGGACUACCGUCCGCAGGGUUUCCAUCCCCCACAGGUGGACUACCUUCCGCAGGGUGUCUAUCCCCCACAGGUGGACUACCUUCCGCAGGGGGACUACCGUCCGCAGGGUUUCUAUCCCCCACAGGUGGACUACCUUCCGCAGGGGGACUACCGUCUGCAGGGUCUCUUUCCCCUGCAGGUGGACUACCCUCCUCAGGGCUUCUACCCCCCGCAGGUGGACGACCCUCAGCUGGUGGUUCUCCCUCCGCAGGCGGAUGUUGUGGAUUCUGAUGUUCAGCCUCCCUCCCCCCCUCUUUCUUCACCUCCUGAUUCUCCUUACUUUCUUUGUCCUUCCCCAGCACCUUCCUCUCCGGUUCCCACGUCUCCCUCUUCUUCCUGCUCUUCUGAUUUUUCCGCCUCAGAUUUCCAGAGCCCUGAGGAGUUCCUGAACGUUUUCGUCCAGACUCUGGAUUCAGCUGCCUCCCCACUACUUCUCCUCUUCAGGUUCCUGCUAGUCAUGAGCCUUGAGGAGUUCCUGGACUUUUUUGUGCAGACUUUAGAUCCAGCUCCUGCCUCCCCCACGGUUUCUCCUCUUCAGGUUCCUCUCAUCCUUGAGCAGACCCAGGUGAACUCUGGAGGACAGACAUCAGUGUCCAGAGCAGACCCAGCUGCAGAGAGGUCUCACAACACUGCAGAGCGUCGGGGAGUGGAGCAACAGAUGCUGGAUCACACGUCUCAGAGCUCACUGGACAUCCUGGACAAGAGGGACAGCACACAGGACCUGAUCCAAGCUCAGAGACUGGAGCAGCCCUGCUGGAUUGUUUUUUUUUGCUGGAGGAAUCUCUGA